GCCGAGUUGAAAGACAUCGAGUCUGUAUCAAAGGCUCUACAAGGCAGUGAUGUUACUCUCUUUGAUGCGAGAGUGUGGUUCGACGGGCUGAUCGCAGCGCACCCGGCUAUUGCGGACUACAUCGGUAUGUACCACCUUAUUACUCUCUCGGCCAUCGCCAUGAACGAUGCGGAAGACGACGGCGAGGAGCCGGAGGGUUCGUUUGUCCAGCGUCUUGAGAAGCGUCGCCGGCUCGAGGCGCGAAAACCCCACUACGACCUCAUCUCCAGCAUCCCGCCGACCUCGAACAAGGUCGAGCGGGUUUUCAGCGUGGCGCGUACCACGUUUGCUCAAGAACGCAACAGUCUCCAGCCCGCUACGCUGGAAACAAUUUUGUUUCUGCGCGAGAAUGUUGACUUCUGGGACGUUCCGACAGUCGAUCGCGUCAAUUAG